GUGAUUGACAGAAAAUUGUCUUAUUUUCAAAAGUAUUUAAGCUAGACAUACGCACCAGAAAUUUAUCAGUUUCACUCUGCUUUUCUGCAAUCAAGUAACUAACCAACCACAAACAACCAAAAUGUUCAAAUACUUCGCUCUUGUUUUCGUCGCACUCUUCGCCUUCGCUGCUGCUGAGCCCAAACCCGCUGUCGUCGCUGCUCCAUUGGCCUACUCUGCCCCAUUGGUCGCCUCUCCCUACGCCGCUGCCUAUGCUGCCCCAUAUGCCGCUUACGCUUCACCCUACACCGCUUCCUAUGCGGCCUACGCUUCACCCUAUGCUGCCUACUCCGCUUACCCCUACAGCGCCGCCUAUGUGCUCCGCAAGUAAACGGAAAACACUUGAAAGAAUCGGGAUUGAGGGAUUAUGAAAAUGGGAUAAUAAAAUAAAAACAUAAACGAUA